ACAAUGAGAGGGCUCUGGAGUUGUUAAUCUGCACAGACUCACUGAUUUUAUACUUACACACAGAUCCUGGUAGUGGAUUUAAAGCGUUUCAACAUGAUUCCAGUUCUACGUGUUACACUGACCAUAUUCCUGCAACUCAUCAUCUGCCACUCAGGAGUUUCCCCAUUUAAAGUGAUGGUCAGUCAGAAGACACCACUAUUUCGAGUGGGAGACAGACAGGAGCUCACGUGUCAAGUGAGUGAGUGCUCUGGUGAAGUGACAUUCUCCUGGAGCAGUCUAGAGGACAAACCCCUGUAUGCUGAAACCCAACACUUCACAUCUUCAUCGACUCUGCUCUUCAAGAAUGUUAAUAAAAAACAUGAAAAUAAAAUUCGCUGCACUGCAACCUGCAAAGGCACAAGAGGACAGGCAGCAGCAACAGUUAAAGUGUACUCUUUUGCAAAUAAUCCAGUCAUCUCUGGGCACAACAACCUGGAGUCAGGAAAAGAGAACACCCUGACCUGUGAGGUUUCAGAUGUUUAUCCAGCAGAACGCAUGACAUUGGAGUGGGUGAGAGGAGGUGAAGUGGUCCAGACAGAGAAUAGAGAAUAUGACAAAGAAUCCAUUCAGUCCUUCUACAAGUUUACACCAGAAAUCACCAACAACGGAGAGUCAAUAACAUGUCGAGCAACACUCAGUCUUGAAGGCUUGCCUCAGACGGAGAGCACCAGAGAGACCACAGAGUCCAUGACUGUCCUGUGUCCUCCUGUGAACACAGUGAUCUUUGUCUCUCCUAAUAAUCUAAAAGAAAUGGAGUUUUUAAACAUCUCCUGUGUGAGUGACAGCAGUCCCGUUGGUCACAUGGUGCUAAGCAAAGUGCUGGAUGGAAAGGAGACAGAGCUGGUGUCAGGCGAUGGACCGCAAGUCUCUGUUUCUUACCGCGAAGCCAACGUCAGUCACUCAGGUUUCUACAUUUGCACAACAACAACCUCCUGCAGCAGAAAGACAGACAACAUCACCGUUACUGUUACAGCUCAUCCCGUGGAGGUUUCCCUGCGGCCAGAUAAGAUCCUCAUUCCAGUACAGCGAGGUUCCUCUAUGGAACUGACGUGCAUUAGUUCAGCGUGUCCUCACCCUCGUAUCACCUGGCCAAAUCUGAAGCAUCAACCACGAUUAAGCCGGAGUGACAAUCAGACAGUUGAAUCCCAGCUAGGCCCGUGGAUCGUAGGUCUGGAGGAUAACCAAACGUUCAUUUGUGAAGUUGAAUGUGGCUCUGUCGUGAAGUCUAAACGCACAGAGCUGAGGGUUUUCUCUUUUGCAAAUAAUCCAGUCAUCUCUGGGCACAACAACCUGGAGUCAGGGAAAGAGAACACCCUGACCUGUGAGGUUUCAGAUGUUUAUCCAGCAGAACGUAUGACAUUGAAGUGGGUGAGAGGAGGUGAAGUGGUCCAGACAGAGAAUGGAGAAUAUGGCAAAGGAUCCAUUCAGUCCUUCUACAAGUUUACACCAGAAAUCACCAACAACGGAGAGUCAAUAACAUGUCGAGCAACACUCAGUCUUGAAGGCUUGCCUCAGACGGAGAGCACCAGAGAGACCACAGAGUCCAUGACUGUCCUGUGUCCUCCUGUGAACACAGUGAUCUCUGUCUCUCCUAAUAAUCCAAAAGAAAUGGAGUUUUUAAACAUCUCCUGUGUGAGUGACAGCAGUCCCGUUGGUCACAUGGUGCUAAGCAAAGUGCUGGAUGGAAAGGAGACAGAGCUGGUGUCAGGCGAUGGACCGCAAGUCUCUGUUUCUUACCGCGAAGCCAACGUCAGUCACUCAGGUUUCUACAUUUGCACAACAACAACCUCCUGCAGCAGAAAGACAGACAACAUCACCAUUACUGUCACAGCUCAUCCCGUGGAGGUUUCCCUGCGGCCAGAUAAGAUCCUCAUUCCAGUACAGCGAGGUUCCUCUAUGGAACUGACGUGCAUUAGUUCAGCGUGUCCUCACCCUCGUAUCACCUGGCCAAAUGUGAAGCAUCAACCACGAUUAAGCCGGAGUGACAAUCAGACAGUUGAAUCCCAGCUAGGCCCGUGGAUCGUAGGUCUGGAGGAUAACCAAACGUUCAUUUGUGAAGUUGAAUGUGGCUCUGUCGUGAAGUCUAAACGCACAGAGCUGAGGGUUUUCUCUUUUGCAAAUAGUCCAGUCAUCUCUGGGCACAACAACCUGGAGUCAGGAGCUAAGAGCAUCCUGACCUGUGAGGUUUCAGAUGUUUAUCCAGCAGAACGUAUGACAUUGAAGUGGGUGAGAGGAGGUGAAGUGGUCCAGACAGAGAAUGGAGAAUAUGGCAAAGAAUCCAUUCAGUCCCACUACGAGUUUACACCAAAUAUCACCAACAAUAAUGAGUCAAUAACAUGUCGAGCAACACUCAGGCUUGAAGGCUUGCCUCCGACAGAGAGCACCAGAAACACCACCGUGUCCAUGACUGUCCUGUCCUUUUCCACAGAUCCUACUAUUGAAAGUUCUGGAACAUUUCUGGAGGGUCAAGUAACCAACCUGACCUGUACAGUUGUACAGGUCUUCCCAGUUGGCUCUUUUCAUAUGCAGUGGCUGGAUGGACAGCAAAAGCUGAACUCAGUGCGUGGGAAUUUCUCGGACAAAUUGCAGAACCUUAGCUUGACGGUCCCAUUGAAACCUAAGGACACUGACCGAAAUAAGACAUUUACUUGCGUAGUAUCACUGGAGAUGAAGGGUUUAUCAAGAAAAAAGACAGUAUCUACCACAAAGACAGUGCAAUAUUCACCCAAGUUUACCACCAUUGAUGUGAGACCCCAUAAGAAACCGAGUGAAGGGGAAACUGUGACCAUCUCCUGUCAGACCGACAGCUCUCCAGAGGGUCAUGUGACCUUGAAAAGGGUGCUAAAUGGAGAAGAGACCAAAUUAGUUUCCAGUAAUGGGACCCAAACCUCUUUUAACAUUUCCUUUCUUACUCUGUCCCACUCUGGAAACUAUGUAUGUGAGGCCGUUAAUAAAUAUGGCCAUCAGAGAAAGGAUGUCCAGAUUACAGUGCAAACACCUCCAAGGAAUAUCACUGUGGCAGUACUCCCAUCAAAGGAGGUGCAAGAGGGUGAAAAUAUCACAAUCAGCUGCCAGUCAGUGAGUUUCCCACCAUCCAAUAUCACCUUAAGGAAAUUGAACAAUGGAAAUGAAAUCUACUCUUCUAAUGGCACCUUUCAACUGGUCAAUCUCACUUCCAACGAUACAGGCCUGUACCAGGUCAUUGCUACAAAUGUCGUGGGUUCUGAGACUGAGAAUUUCACACUUAAUGUAAUGAGUAAGAGGAAAAAUCAUAAGGAAAUAUACAAAGCCAUGUUCGAAAAACUUACUUCCACUGACUUUAUAAUCCCAGCCAUUGGCGUGGGAGUUCUGGCAAUGGUAAUCAGCUCUCUGGGACUUAUAAGGAAAGCGAAAAUGAAGGGUGCCUAUGAGCUGUCUGAGAUCAAAGCAGAACUUCCAUAGACUGCCUGGACAAACCUCAACCGAGUCUUCUGCACUGAACGCAAGCGGAGUCUACUGAACCUAAUCAGACUCACAUAUUGUUGGACUGAACGGAAUCACACUCAGUCUCUGUUCAACCGCAACACACACUGCUGAACUGAAAUACUGAUUGGUGAUUCACACUCUAAAUGAAUGACUCAGAAUAUUAAUGAAUCACACUUUGCUGGAUGGAAUUGCCCUUUCCUGAUCUGAAUCAUACUCCACUGAACGGAUUUUGCAUAACUAAAGCAAAAUCUGCUGAACUAAGCUGUGCUUUAAUCAACUGAAUUAUAGACUGUUAAACUGACUCAUACUAGACUAAACUGAAUCACACUGCUGGAUGCACAACACUAAACUUAUAUAAAGAGUCAUCUGAUCUGUCCUGUCAUAACCUGCUUUUCAUUUGUUGUGGUAUUGCAAGUUUAAUAAGUUUCAGACUUAUAACAUUUCUGUGUGUGCGUGUGUGUGUGUGAGAGAGAGAGAGAGAGAGAGUCUGACAGAUAUGGAACAUGAUGUAUAUAAGAACAUGAUGUAUAUAUUUUUUAGCAAAAAAAAAAUGUUUUAGACAGCUUUCUCAUGUCGUGCAUUGUUCCAGGUAUUAUGUGGUAAAGUAGUAGCACAAGCUGUGGUGAGAAUGAUUACCCUGAGUAUAGUUUGUGUGCAGCUUAAUGUAAUGUCCCUUAAUGUUUCUGUUAAACAGUUUGCCCUCUUGUAUUUUUAUAACGGUCUCAUUAUCUCUCUGAUGUGAUAUCAGAAUGGCUGUAUAACUUCACAAGUGUCAUUUAUGUUUUUUAGAGAAUUUUAGUUUCCUAUAUUUUCUGAAAUAAAUAUUUAUUUCUAAAAUGUACCUAUGAUGUAAAAACAUGAAGUGGGGAAAGUUUUGCCGUAAGUGACGUGUAAUUUCCUCCUUGAUUUACUUUCGGUUUACUUUAUUAAGUUUCCAGGAAUUUAUUGUUCAAAAAUUGAGAAAUUCUCUAGGGAUACUUUCAGCCAUUGUUUGCACAGUUCCUUUCCAAUUUAAUGUGGUGCCGUGGAUUCAGAGAAUAUGUAUGUGCAUACCGCAGUGCGACAGUCACUUCCAUAUAACCUUUGUGCAUAGAUGUUUUGUUUGCAAAGAAAACAAUUUAAAUAAAUAUUUAUUUUGUAAAUGCUUUAAUAUUA